AUGUUGCCUCGUUUCAUUUUCAUAGCUCCAGAACCGCGUCCUCCUCGCAAGGCUGGCGUCAAACCCAAGACAUCGCUGUGCGCCUCCUGGAAGCAAGCCAUUCAAGAACAUUUAUCCACUGACGAAUCCUUCAUCACUGUCAUCGAAGGGAAAUUUAACGGGAUUGAUGCAGAAAAGCUACGAUGCGACUGCAUAGUAUCUCCGGCUAAUUCGUUUGGCAUCAUGGACGGAGGCUUUGAUUUAGAACUUUCGCGCUAUCUCAAGGGCACGGGAGAUAUGUGGAGCCUCACAAAUCAUUGCCAAGCAUACAUUCGCGAAACUUGGCAUGGCUUCGUGCCACCUGGGUCUUGCACCCUUGUACCUCUCCCCGACGACGUAGCUGGCCCAAAUAACGCAUGGCACAUCCGCGUUGUGGCCAUGGUGCCGACCAUGCGCACACCCGAGGAUGUCAGCUGGCAUCAGGACAUCAUUUACAGCUGCAUGUGGAGUUUAUUAGUGCAACUGGAGCACUGGAACAAGACAGCACACGAAAACGGGAGGGAGAAAAUUGAGAGCGUGCUGAUGACAGGGUUGGGCACGGGCCAAGGUGGGAUAUCAUCGGAGAAGUGCGCACAACAGAUGAUUCUUGCUGUGAAGCACUUCCAUGAAGAAUUGCCACCACAGCUUAGAUGGGUGGAUGUUCGACAGCGUACGACGGAAGUUGAACGCAGUACAGAGUUGUGA